AUGCCGCCAUUGUGCAACGGUGGGGUUCCGCGAGACGGAGGGCGGGUCAUGCGGCCUACCAGCGUGGAAGAGCUGUCGGGCCGCAUGAGCCGUGCCCUCAAAGAGGUCUGCGAUGCGGCCAUGCCGAGGACCCGUCGCAGAGCCCAGCGCCGGCAUGUGUACUGGUGGUCGCCCGAAAUAGCCGAGCUUCGGGCGACAUGCAAUCGGGUGUGGUGGGCCUACGUCCGUUGUCGAAGACGCAACGGCCUGGAUGUGGACCUGGAGGGACAGCUUUUGGCCGCUUACUACCAGCUAAAAAAGGACCUGCAGCUGGCAAUAAGUCGGGCCAAAGAGAAGGCGAGGAAAGAGAUGCUGGUGAGCCUCAACCGAAACCCAUGGGGGCGAGCAUAUCGAGGGGUUCGCGGAAAAUUCCGCACCCAAACUACCCCCGUGACGGAGUCGCUGCCGCCGGAGCUCGUUCUGCGCCUGAUGGCCCCUCGCUCUGUGAUAGAAGACCUAGUGGCUCCACUACCACCAUUGAUCGCGGAGCGAGAAAUGGAAAUGGCCCUCGGCCGCUUGAGGACCAAAAACACGGCGCCGGUUCCGGACAGUGUUCCAGGGCGUGUUCUGUGCGAUGCCCUGGAAUACCUGUCUGCGCAGCGGGCAGUUUCCGAAGCCUUGGAAGCAAGGGAAGUUGGUGCUCUUGCCAAAGGAGGGGCGGGCACCAGGCUCCUAUUCGAUUCUCGCAGCUCGUCUCGUUCAACACCUCGACGAGGGCGGUCCGGGUCUCUCGGAGGCUCAGUUCGGGUUCAGGGCGGGCCGUUUAACGAUCGACGCCUUGAACGCCCUGAAGACUCGGACCACGGAAGCAGUGGCAAGUGCAAGUGGGCACAAGUGGGUGGGCAAGUGGUCCUGGCGGUGUCGUUAGACGUUGCAAACACCUUUAACAGUCUCCCAUUCGAGACGAUCAGGGAGGCACUCCGAUACCAAGGGGUGCCAAUCUAUCUGAGGAGACUGUUGGAGGCGUAA